AUGUUACGCCCAAUUAGACGCCUUCCAUUGGCCAUAGGCCCCAGAAUCAGAGGCAUAAGAUCGAAUUCGUCGGAUUCUCGACAACAGUUUCUCCAGGAAUACAAGGUCCGUUCGUCCUUGGAAAGACUCAUACACCACUACGCCAGCGAGCCAUUGACCAAGCUCUCCAUCCUGACUAUAUUGGAACAGUCGGAGAAACUCAAUUCUACCUACGUUCUCCAAAGCGCAAGGGAAACCAUAGAACAGCUCCUUGCUUAUAAUGCUCGGCGUUUGCGCCAGUUCAGAGAUCUUCCCUACUUGGUGAUGCUCAAUCCCUCCAUUUCAGACUCAUACAACACAUACCUCAAGACCAUGUCUGUGUUGCUCACAGCAUCGCUUCAUCCUCCUUGCACCAUGGAGGAAACAAGGCGUCUCAGGGAAGACGUGCUUCAGAGCUUUAUGGAUGUUCAUGCCGAUGCAUUGCCAGUGCUAUCCAAAGGCUUCGGCGAAGUUUUGCACUUGCUUUCGGUGGACAAAGUCAAGAACUUUCUUGACGAGCAUUUAAGAGAACGUGUCAGUAUGCGGCUUAUUGCCCACCAGCAGAUCUCCUUGACAGACUCCCUCAUCGACGGAACAUACAAAGAAGGCAGCCCCUACAACGGUAUUGUCAAGCCGCUCGAUAUCAGGGAGGUCAUCAAACGAAACGCCGAGCUCGUGAACGAUAUAUGUCUCAUGAAGUACGACCAGAGCGUCAAGGUCAAGAUCGACACGAAUCUCCAUCCGCCUAACUUCUGGACCCUGAAAGACGAACCCGCAGUUUCAAAUCCAGAAGAGCCAUUGAUGUUUCCCUACAUCGAGUUCCACCUAGACUACAUUUUGAUGGAGCUCUUCAAAAACUCCUUCAGGGCUCAUAUCGAAAAAGGCGUCCCAGACCCUGUCCAGGUGACAGUGUCCAUUAGUGAAAAUCCCUCGUUUCUCGAGAUGAGAAUCAGAGACAAAGGCAAGGGUAUCCCGCCACAAGCGCUCAACCACGUUUUUGACUACUCAUUCCUGACCUACGAGUCUGGUGAAGGUGAGAGCUACAAAACGCUCAAUGUGCCGCCUGGAGAAGCCGGUAACACCGUUGCAGGAAUGGGCUACGGCUUGCCACUUCUGAAAAACUACGUCGAGAUCUUCAACGAUUCGGCCGACCUAGAAGAGCCAGCAAAGGGUCUGCUCACGGUGCAGUCAUACUACGGCUGGGGUACAGACGUCUAUCUCAAGACAGUGGGCUCAUAA